CCGCCCCACAGGCAGGUGGCUGGACAGACGCCUCAGGACCCCGCGCCGAGGGACUCGAAGGACCCCGCCCGCCUGGGCUUGUUCCACCUGCGUCGCGUGCGGCUCUAGGGACUCGGGCUGAGCCCCUGGGCGCCCGGCGCGUGGCUUCUGCCCGCCGGCCGCCCCCGUUCGUCCGACGCUGAGCCUGGCGCUCCUGCUCGCCCUCGGAGACCAUGUUUGUUCCCUGCGGAGAGUCGGGCCCAGACCUCUCGGGUUACACCCUCCUGAUGCCAGCAGUAUCUGUUGGGAAUGUUGGCCAGCUUGCAAUAGACUUGAUUAUUUCUACACUGAACAUGAGCAAGAUUGGUUAUUUCUAUACUGAUUGUCUUGUGCCAGUGGUCGGAAACAAUCCUUAUGCAACUGCAGAAGAAAACUCAACGGAACUCAGUAUCAAUACUGAAGUAUAUUCACUGCCUUCAAAGAAGCUAGUGGCUCUUCAAUUACGGUCCAUUUUCAUUAAGUAUAAAUCAAAGUCAUUCUGUGAAAAGUUGCUUUCCUGGGUGAAAAGUAGUAACUGUGCCAAAGUGAUCGUCCUUUCAAGCAGUCAUUCGUAUCACCGCAACGAUCUGCAGCUUCGCAGUACUCCCUUCAGGUACCUAGUCACACCUUCCUUGCAAAACACUGUUCAAAAUCAACUAAUGAAUCUUAACUGGGAAGAAAUGGAGAAAAGCCCACGUAUUCCUGAAAUCAACGAUUCCGACACUUGCAUCCGUAUCCCUGGGGGAGGCAUCACAAAAACACUGUAUGAAGAAAGCUGUUCUAGAGAAAUUCCAAUGGCAGUGCUGCUGAAAUUUGUUUCCGAAGGAGACAAUAUCCCAGAUGCACUAGGUCUCGUUGAGUAUCUGAAUGAAUGGCUCCACAUCAUCCAGCCACGUAGCGCCGACCCCACCACAUCUGCCUUGCCCUGGAAAAUGCCAAGUUCUUGGAAAUUACUCUUCGGCAGCGGUCUCCCACCUGCACUGUUUUGACCCAUUUUGUCUGCAACCAACAACACAACUAUAAAACUUUCUGUCUAAAAUGUUGUAUUAUCUGAGAAUGUGUUAAGGAAAAAAUCUCGGGUCUAGGUUGGAACCCCAGCACCAUCUGGGAGCUUAUGUAGUACCAAAGGAAACUGCAAUGCUUGCCGCCUCUGUGUGAAUGAACACAUGUCCUGGAGCGUGCCAAUAGGUGACACAGGCAGACGGGGCGCCGGGCUCUUCAAGCCCAAGAGCCCGAGUUCACACCCCCCAUAUUGCAAAGGCCAGAGUAACGCUCUGGUUAGCUCUCUGCCUCUCUUUUUUUCAUUAAUAAAUGGAUAAAUAAACAUUUUAAAAGAAAGACAAGAAAAAAAAAUGCCCUGUAGCUGUUAAUUGGACCUGAGCAAAUUUAUGGCCCUGGUUGACAGGUGAAGGGAAGAAAGUCAGUCUUUCAUUUUUCCUAGAAAAUCUCAAAAGAAAAACAGAUUAGCAAAAUGGGCUUUGUUAGUGGAAAAUGAGUGGCUUUUGCCAUGCUUUUUCAUAACAUGUAGCAAAUGUAAAAUCUCUAUAAUAAAAUAUUUCCACAUA